AAUGGUUAAAAACUCAGCUUAGGAUCCAUAAGAUAACUCACUCCAAAUGAAAGUAAAAUAUUAAAGUAAUAUUUGUAUAGACCAGAUAAUAUUUGGUUUCUGGAAGAAGACUCCCUUCUAAAGAUGAUCCAAAUCCAAAGGUUAUUAGCAUGAGAAUCUUUGCUAGAAAUACAGUUGCUGCUAAAAGUAGAUUCUGGUAUUGCUUAAAAUAAAAAUGGUUAGGUGGAAUUUAAGAAGAUUGAAUAAGCUCAAACCAUCUCAUGGUUAGAUCUUAGCAGUUUAAGAAUUAUUUGAAAGAAGAGACACCAAUGUUAAAACAUAUGGAAUUGUUCUUAAAUAUUAAUCUAGAACAACUAUUCAUAACAUGUAUAAAGAAUUUAGAGAUACUACUUUAAAUGGAGCUAUCUCAUAAUUAUGUAAAUUAUUAAUGCAUUAACAUUUUUAGAUUAAGAAAUGGCUGGAAAUCACAGAGCUCAACCAUAAACAAUUCAUAUCCUCAGAACUUCAGUAUUAACUAAGAGUGCUGAUAUCAAGAGAGGAAAAACUAAUUAAUAUAGAGUAAUUCAUUAUAAUAGUUUUAGGGUGAUUCAAUCAAAUUCCCAAUUGUAAAAACUGUUCCAAGAGCCAGUCAUAAAAAAUUCAGAACAGUGUUCAAGGCAAAAAGACCAAACCUCUAUAGAUCAUGAAC